UGCAAUUUUCCAAACCCCCAAACAUUGUCUGCAGCACUACAAUUUAAACUUCCUUCAUGGGAAAGCUUCCUGUUCCAUUUCUUCCUUUUGUUUUCUCAACUCUCUUCACACUAAUAAUCCCUUCUGCGAGUGGAUUAUCUUUCAACUUCACCAGCUUCAUUGUUGGCGCCGAUCCAAACAUUACAUACGAGAAGGAUGCAUCUCCUGCUACAGAUGGAGCUGUUCGGCUCACCAAAAGUCUAAUAGGUACUAAUAUGAAUUUAAGUUCCGGUCGAGCCACGUAUUCCAAACCGAUGCAGCUUUGGGACGAGGCCUCGGGGAAUCUUACAGACUUCACUACCCAUUUCUCUUUUUCCAUCGAUUCGCAACGUCGAACUGCAUACGGAGAUGGACUGGCUUUCUUUCUUGGGCCUGAAGAGCUUCCGCCUCUUCUCUCCAAGGGUGGAAGUCUGGGUCUUUUAAGGAACAAUCAGCCACUAAACACAACGGAUAAUCAAUUUGUUGCAGUGGAGUUCGAUAUCUUCCAAAAUGUUUUUGAUCCACCAGGCGAGCAUGUAGGUAUUGACAUCAACUCUAUGCAAUCUGUAAAUAAUAUUACUUGACUGUGUGCAGGGGCGGAGCUAGAAUUAUUUGUUAGG